AUUUAGGAGAUAGCUAGCCGCCAUACGCGUAGCCGGCGCCUCUGACUGACAAGACAUGCUAGUCCACGAAAUGGGUUGGAAUGGAUGUGGUCGUGCGACAGAUCAUUAUAAUUAUUGUUGAUGAAGAACUCUGACCCAGAGUACCUGCUGCAGUUCACCAUCGAACAUUUAAUUUAAAAUUAUCUACGAGCCUGCCGUUUGGGCUGAGAAAAGCCAGACCGACAAAGACUGCUCGCUGCCUUCGCCCGUGCUCCUAAACUGUGACCUGUCUGUUGUGUUGCAGAUGUAAUUGUUUGUAAAUUGAAUUACCAGACUGUUCCUGAUUACUGGUACAGUGUAAUAGCAACUAUGGAUUAUCGGGGAGACACUAUCUCGACAGGAGGUGACGAAAUGGUUACCGGUACUCGUUGUCACGAAACCAGUUUCAGGGACGAUGUUGUGUCGCCUUCAAGUUCAGACCCAGUAUUAGAGUCAUCCUACAGUCGAUUUGAAGUCAAACCCAACAGUCCAGGACCCCAGAUGAAGAAACAGCUAGGAUUAGUGGCCGCUAUUUCCCUGAUCGCUGGAACGAUCAUAGGCUCCGGGAUAUUUCUAACGCCAAAUGACAUAGUUGGUCGCGUUGGAAGCGGUGCUAUGGCUCUGAUAGUGUGGACGUUUUGUGGAUUCAUAACACUGUGCGGAAGUUUAUCUUAUGCCGAGCUUGGCACAGCCCUAACUGAGUCUGGUGGAGAGUACACGUAUCUUAGGUAUGCAUUCGGUCGCCUGCCAGCGUUCCUGUACUGCUGGUCAUCAACAGUCGUCGUCCGACCAGUGAGCGGUGGAAUUAUAUUGUUGACAUUUGCAAGAUACGUGUCUGAUCCGUUCUAUGACGGCGACUGCACUGCACCUAGUUUCUCCAUGAAAGGAAUAGCUCUUGCUGCGCUUCUGCUUAUUACAGUUGUCGGCUGUCUGGACAGCAAGUGGUCAGCCCACAUCUCAUCCAUCAUGCUUGUCAUCAAGUUUUGUGCCCUCGGCUUGCUCAUCCUCCUCGGAAUAGUCUCCCUUUCUCGAGGUCACUAUGGGCAGUUGGAAACAGGAUUUCAGAACACCACGGUGAAAGUGGGAUCUAUAGCCUUUGCCUUUUAUGAUGCUCUAUGGGCAUAUGAUGGCUGGAACAACGCCAAUUAUGUUUCAGGGGAGCUUAAGGACCCAAAGAUCUUGAUCUACGCACUGGUACUAGCAGUGCCCCUGGUCACGGUAUGCUAUGUCCUGGUCAACGUAGCGUACAUGUCCAUUCUGACAACACAAGUGUUCCUAAAGAGCGAAGCUAUUGCUGUGGAUGCAGUACAUAAUGUACUCGGCAACGCUGGCUUGGUGAUCAUGCCUCUACUUGUGGCCGCGUCAUGUUUUGGUGCAGCUAACAGCACUCUUUUUGCCGGCUCAAGAGUAUCGGCUGCAUCUGCCAAGCAUGGCGAUCUACCUCGCAUUCUGGGGCUGAUUCAUUCAUCACUUGGUACACCGCUACCAGCUUUUAUUUUUCAAGCUCUGAUGGUCGCAUUCUACAUCGUUGCUGUGGACCUAGAGUCACUCAUCCUGUUCUAUAGCUUCAUCGCAUGGCUCUUCUAUGGAUCCUCUAUGGUCAUACUGAUGCUUCUUCGUCGACGAGAACCGGAUCUUCCCAGAUUGUUCAAGGUUCCGCUGCCUCUUCCGAUCAUCAUGCUACUUUUCUCUAUAUUCCUGGUCGUCGCACCAUUCUACCAGCAUCCCACCAAGUCUUCUAUUUCGCUGGGUUUCAUGAUCUUGAGCAUCCCUUUGUACUUUAUCUUUGCAUCACGGCGGUGGCUACGUCAGCUCAGUGGCUAUUUCACCCGUGCAUCAGAUUGGACAGUGCGUAUGACUCAGCAUGUGUUUGCGGUCAGCUAGAUGUUGACCAACGGCUAUCCAGAAGGUACUCUCUUUUGCUGGUACAGACGGCUUAUUUUUUUAUUUCAAACUUCUCUUCCCAUUUUACUUGUAAGUUAUUACAGCUUAGCCGAAACAAUUGUUUCCUCUGUGAAUACUGCUGCAUUUUGAUUUUUGAAUAAUAAUGGCGGAGGCGGAGAGAAAGAGAUGUGCGUGAGUGUGUGUGCAUGCAUGUGCACGUACAUGUCAUAAAUUAUGGUUGCAUGCAAGCCAACUUCCUGUGUUGGUAUAUUUUUCUGACGCGGACAAUCUCCGUUGACAUUCAAACACAGCAUAGCUUGAAAGCUGUUCACAUGCAGUAACACAUAUUCAUCAGUUUGACACUUUUGCAGGAUUUAUGACUUGCCUACUUCUGAAGUACAUUUAUUUUAUCUAGCCAUUCUUGGCCACACACGCAAACGCAGAACAGAUAAUUAUUGAUUAUUGUCCGAACUUUUAUCAAUGGUCCGCCAUGCACUGUUUUGUUUUUGUUUGUUUUGUUUCUGUUUCCGGUUGAGCUGGUCUUUGCCGAAUUUGGAGGAAUUGAUCCCUAGAUAUUUGUUAGAAAUCAUGUCAAGUAGAACGUGUGUGAAAUUUAUAGCAAAACGUAUUGUGCCAGUUGUGAGUGUGCUAAAUCGGAAAUGCACAUAUCCA